UUCAGUCACAAAAUCUAAUGAUGGACCCCCGUACCAGUGCCCAGGAUGUGAUACGAUGUGACCUGUGCGAGACUGCUGUGGUACAGAUGCACUGUGAUACAUGUCUUGUCAACCUGUGUAAGGCCUGUGUGGGAGAACACAUUUCAGCUGAUCUCUCAAAACCUCAUAAAGUUGGUGACUUCAAGGACAGAAAAUCUUCCCCCCUCUUCCCUGGAUGUAAAUCCCAUGAUAAAGAACGAUGUAAACUGUACUGUAAUCAAUGUGACAUUCCUGUAUGCCAUAAGUGCAUUGCAUCUGAUCAACAUCUAGGUCAUAAGGUAUAAGAAAUCUUGAAAGUUGUGGAUGAAAAAAAGAAUAAGUUAAUAAAAGAACAAACUGAGCUAAAUGAGACGAUUUAUCCAACCUACCAGGACAUUGCCUCUGAUGUACAAAACAGAAUGAGUCGGUUAGAAAAGAAAUAUGGAAAUCUUUCAACAGCCAUAACAAAUUAUGGAGAGGACUGGUACAGAGAAAUUGACAAACUUGUCAAGAAACUUAAAGCUGAAGUUGAUCUGAUGAAAAACACACAGUUACAAACUCUACAGAAACAUCUGGAUGAAAUAAACAAGACAAUGUCUGACAUCAAGGAAGAAAUCAAUUCAAUGGAAACUGCAACAGACACUAAUGACUUGUCAAAACUAUUUAGUGUCACAUCCAAUGUACACACAUACAGAAAUCUUCCAUACAAAAUAAUGCCAUCUUUACCUAAAUUCAUUCCAGGAAAAAUCCAAGGAGAAGAACUUAAUAAAAUGUUUGGAGUCUUAUCAUCAAGUUAUUUAACAUCAGAUAAACAUGGCUACAGCAUGAAGACACCACAGAAAUCACCAGAAGCUGGAUCCUCUCCUCCAGUCAAACAGCUGCUUGAUGAACCAGAGACUGUCACCAACAUAGACACUGGGUAUAGAGAUAACCUUUACAAUGUGGCCUGUCUGAGUGAUGAAGAAAUCUGGACAAGUGGAAAUGACAUCACCAUGAAACUCUACAGCAUCAAUCAGGGCUCACUACUCAAGUCAAUCAGAACCAAGUCAGGAAACACAUCAUGGAACAUAGCAGUGACAAAAAGUGGAGAUCUAGUUUAUACUGAUUACUGGGAUAGAACUGUGAACAUUGUGAAGAAUGAGAAGAUAGAGGAGGUGAUCAGACUACAGAAGUGGAGACCUAAAGGUGUCUGUAGUACCUCCUCUGGUGUUCUCCUGGUUAUCAUGGACAGUGUUGAUAAAAAACAAACAAAAGUUGUCUGUUACUCUGGCUCUACAGAGAAACAAACCAUUCAGUUUGAUGAUAAAGGUAAACGUCUUUAUUCACCUGGUUCUUUUUAUAACAGAUACAUAUCUGAAAACAAGAACCUGGAUAUCUGUGUGUCUGAUGAUAGAGCUAAAGCAGUAGUGGUGGUCAAUCAGGCCGGGAAACUGAGAUUCAGGUACACUGGACAUACUCCUGCUCCAAAGAACCAACCAUUCAGUCCACUAGGAAUCACCACAGACAGUCAGAGUCACAUCCUUACAGUUGAUUAUAACAAUCACUGUGUCCACAUCAUAGACCAGGAUGGACAGUUCCUCUGUUACAUAGACUGUGGACUGAGUGGACCCUGGGGACUGUGUACAGAUACAAAUGACAAUCUGUUUGUUGCUCAAAUGUGGAACAAACAAGUGAAGAAAAUCAAAUAUCUAACGUGAAAUUCAAGAUUGCAUAGAUUGAAAUAAUAUAAUAAAUAUUUCUUCCUCCUCAAAUUUAUCAUUAUAUCAGUUGACUGUGUAAACUUUUAUCUGUAAAUAACAUGACUUUAUCUAUUAAUAGUAUAACACAAAAACAACAAGAAAAUCAUCUAUGAAA